AGGCCUGUGGCCCAAGACAAGAAGACCCAAGUGGUGCAGAAGCAUAAUAACCAAAAUAGCCAACACUGAGCGAGAUCCGUUUAGUUUCUCCGGCGAUCCCUUUCCGUUCCGCCGCCGCGUCUCCCAUCUCCGACCGACCAAUGGACUCGGAUUCUCCCUCUCCCAGAUCCGAAUCCCAAACGGACCCUCUCCUCCGCGACCCGUUCGACGAGCUCUGCCACGACCUCUCCUCCCUCCAAGACCUCGCCAGCUGCGGCGCGUGGCGCUCCGUCAUCGACAAGGUCUCACGCGCCAGAGCCCUCUCUCUCCUCCACAAGCCCCACGACCACCUCACCUACCUCGCCUUCAACGCCCUCGCCUUCACCAAGCUCCGCCGUUUCAACGAAGCCUCCGCCGAGCUCGACUCCAUGGAGGAUCUCGACAGCGCGCACUACCGCUACGAAACCUACCCGAAAAUCUACCCGAACCGGGUCGGAUCCAUGGUCCCGUUCUCCCUCCGGUGGCUCCACGCUCUGAUUCCGAUCAAAUUGGGCCAACGCCAGCAAGGGAUGGACCGGUUGUACCGCCUUCUCGAUUUCGUGCGGGAGAAGAUUAAGGACAAGGAGAACAGUAAUCUCAGCGUUUCGCUUGGUAUGUGGAGAAAGCGAGAGGUUUUCGUUGUGAAUUGCGUGAUUGGGCACCAUUUGAGUCACAAGGAGUUUGGUGCGUGCUUGAGUUUGAUGAAGGAGUUGCUUUCUCGCGAUUCUUCGGACCCGAUUUUGAUUUCGCAGCUGGGGUAUAUGCAAUUGCAAAUUGGGGACUUGGAGGGCGCGAAAGUUUCGUUUAUGAAGGUGGAAAAUGAGGGGAAGAAUCAUGGGUCGUUGAGUGAGGUUGAGUAUCAGAAUCUUGUGAACAGAAAUAAGGCAUUGGUGUAUAUGGUUGGGAAGGAUUAUGUGUCUGCAGUGAGGGAGUAUGAGGAGUGCAUUGAGAGGGAUUCGACUGAUGUGGUUGCUGUGAACAAUAAGGCUCUCAGUUUGAUGUAUUUGAGGGACUUGUCGGAUUCGAUCAAGGUGUUGGAAAAUGCACUUGAAAGGGUUCCUACUGUGGCUCUCAAUGAGACUAUUGUUGUCAAUUUGUGUAGUAUGUACGAGUUGGCUUAUGUUAAUCACUCUGAUAUUAAGAGAACGCUUAGUAGUUGGAUUGCUCGCGUUGCUCCGGAUGACUUUGAUUCAACGUGUACUCGUACGUGAGUGAGGUAGCUUCUGUUUUCUUUUUGCCUGCUGCUAUUGGCAUUCUUGUAAUGUAUGAUGAAUUUGUGUUCUGUUUCAUUAAUAGGAUGAUGAUUAUUCUUAUA